UUAACUGUAAUAAUGUAAUUCAGCACAUAGCAGCGAUGGAAGGAUAUGAAGACUGUGUUUUGGUGCUACUGAAGCAUGGGUGUAACAUAAACAUACAAGACAAGGAUGGAAAUACUGCCUUAUGGCUAGCAAUUACGACAAAGCAUAAGAGAAUUUUCAAUCUAUUGUAUCAUUUCGCCUGCACGUCCAAUCCAAAUGCCGGAGGUGAACUCAUUUGUCUUGCAGCAAAAAGAAAUGAUCUUUCCACAAUCAAAGAAAUUUUGAAGCAAGGCUUGAAUAUAGAUUCUACUAACUAUGAGGGGCUGACAGCCUUGGAAGUUGCCUUAGCUGAAAAGCAGGUAGAGGUAGCGAGGUUUCUGAUUAUGAAUGGAGCAAACAUAGAAAAUGUAAAUAUUCAUGGAAGAGAUGCAAUUCCAAAGGGCGAGCUUGAAGAAAUG